AUGUCUGGGUUUCCUGGUGCCGGUUAUGCGGGAGGAUACGCUCCUCCGCCGCAACAGCAGUAUGCUGGCUACUACCCUCCCCAGAACUACGGUUACCAGCAGGCCCCUCCACCGCAGGGCCAAUAUGGCUACCAACAACCUCCGCCAGGCCAGCAAUAUGGCUAUCAGCAGCCGCCUCCACAAGGCUACCACCAACCCCCACCGCAACAGCAACCACCGCAACAGCAACCACCGCAACAACAACCACAAUACGGACGACCGAACAUGCCGACCGUAAACUCGAACUCCUAUGUUCACGGGAACCACGGUGCCCCUCCUCCGCCACCCCAAGCUCCUCAGCACUUUGGAUAUGGUGCUCCGCAAGGCUAUGCCUUCCAGUACUCACAAUGUACAGGGAAAAGGAAAGCUCUACUGAUCGGAAUCAACUACUUCUCGCAACGCGGCCAGCUUCGUGGGUGUAUCAAUGACGUUAGGAACAUGUCCUCGUAUCUGGUGGAAAGAUUUGGCUACAAGCGAGAGGAUAUGGUCAUUCUUACGGACGACCAGCAGAACCCCAUGAGCCAACCGACCAAACAGAACAUAUUGAGGGCUAUGCAUUGGCUCGUCAAGGAUGCUCGCCCUAACGACUCCCUUUUCUUCCAUUACUCUGGUCACGGUGGUCAGACGAAGGAUCUUGAUGGUGACGAGGAGGACGGAUAUGACGAGGUCAUCUACCCGGUCGACUUCCGGCAAGUCGGGCACAUCACGGAUGACGAGAUGCACAGAAUCAUGGUGCGCCCACUACAAGCAGGCGUUCGCUUGACAGCCAUCUUCGACUCGUGCCAUUCCGGAACCGCGCUCGAUCUUCCCUACAUCUACUCCACCCAGGGUAUCCUCAAGGAGCCCAACCUUGCCAAGGAGGCCGGCCAAGGUCUUCUCGGUGUUAUUUCCGCCUACAGCCAGGGCGAUCUCAGUGGUGUUGCCAGCAAUAUCAUGGGCUUCUUUAAGAAGGCCAGCAAUGGCGAAGAUGCCCACGCCCGUACCCUCGCGACGAAGACCUCGCGUGCCGAUGUUGUCAUGUUGUCCGGAAGCAAAGACGACCAGACUUCUGCCGACGCCACGAUUGCUUCUCAAGCGACUGGAGCCAUGUCCUGGGCCUUUAUCAACUCGCUCAAAAAGAACCCCCAGCAGAGCUAUGUGCAGCUCCUCAACAGCAUCCGCGACGAGCUACAGACGCGUUACACCCAAAAGCCGCAGCUCUCGUGCAGUCACCCUCUUGAUACGAACUUGCUCUUUGUCAUGUGA